GCCCUGCACAAAGAUGGCGGCGUGCCCGGCUCUUCGUGCCCUUCCCAAGAUGGCGCCGCCCUCCUUCAGCCCCUGGCCGGCGGCGGCGGGGGGCCGGGAUGAUGGCCGCCAUACCGGGCGGGUGAGGGAAGCUGUUCCCAUGGCGUGUGGGGAAUGCAACGCUCCAGCACCCGCUCAGGAUCCAGCACGCAGGAACAUCAUCCACUUCCAGCACAGAGAACUGAAGUGCAGAUAGCAGAACCCAGCUGCAGGGUGAAUCAUGAUCCCAGUCACCGAAUUGCGCUACUUUGCCGACACCCAGCCCGCGUACCGCAUCCUGAAGCCGUGGUGGGAUGUCUUCACGGACUACAUCUCCAUAGUGAUGCUGAUGAUUGCAGUGUUUGGAGGGACGCUUCAGGUCACCCAGGACAAAAUGAUUUGUUUGCCCUGUAAAUGGAUUACCAAAGACUCCUGCAAUGACUCAGUCAGAGGUUGGACAGCUGCAACCCCGGAGCGCACCUACUAUAACUCCAGUCUGGUUCCCUCGACUGAGACGGGGCCUACAGGGAUCCGGUAUGACUUGGACCGGCACCAGUACAACUACGUGGAUGCGGUCUGUUAUGAGAACCGUCUUCACUGGUUUGCCAAGUAUUUUCCUUACCUGGUGCUGCUACAUACUCUCAUCUUCCUGGCUUGUAGCAACUUCUGGUUCAAAUUCCCAAGGACCAGCUCCAAGCUGGAGCAUUUUGUGUCUAUUUUGCUGAAGUGUUUUGACUCUCCGUGGACGACAAGGGCAUUAUCUGAGACAGUGGUGGAAGAGAGUGAUACCAAGCCAGCAUUUGGGAAAAUGAAUGGCUCCAUGGACAAGAAAUCCUCCACAGUCAGUGAGGAUGUGGAAGCCACUGUUCCCAUGCUACAGAGGACAAAGUCUCGAAUUGAGCAAGGGAUUGUGGACCGCUCUGAGACUGGUGUCUUGGAUAAAAAAGAAGGGGAGCAAGCCAAAGCACUCUUUGAGAAGGUUAAGAAGUUCCGCACUCAUGUGGAAGAGGGAGAUAUAGUUUAUCGCCUGUACAUGAGACAGACCAUCAUCAAAGUGAUCAAGUUCAUUCUGAUCAUCUGCUAUACCGUUUACUAUGUCAACAACAUCAAGUUUGACGUUGACUGUAAAGUGGACAUUGAGAGCUUGACUGGCUACAGGAUGUACCGCUGUGCUCAUCCUUUGGCCACUCUCUUCAAAAUCUUGGCCUCCUUCUACAUCAGUUUGGUGAUAUUCUAUGGCUUGAUCUGCAUGUACACUCUGUGGUGGAUGCUGCGGCGAUCCCUCAAGAAAUACUCCUUUGAGUCCAUCCGGGAGGAGAGCAGUUACAGUGACAUCCCUGAUGUGAAAAAUGACUUUGCUUUUAUGCUCCAUCUGAUCGAUCAGUACGACCCCCUCUACUCUAAACGCUUUGCUGUCUUUCUGUCGGAGGUGAGUGAGAACAAACUGCGGCAGCUGAACCUCAACAACGAAUGGACUUUGGAGAAGCUGCGCCAGAGGAUCACAAAGAACUCUCAGGAUAAGCUGGAGUUGCACCUUUUCAUGUUGAGUGGCAUUCCUGACACUGUCUUUGACCUCAUUGAACUGGAGGUCUUGAAGCUGGAGCUUAUCCCUGAUGUCACUAUUCCCCCAAGCAUUGCUCAGCUCACCAGCCUUAAGGAACUGUGGCUCUACCACACAGCUGCCAAAAUUGAGGCUCCAGCCCUUGCCUUCUUGAGAGAGAACUUGAAAUCUCUCCACAUCAAAUUCACAGACAUCAAGGAGAUUCCUCUUUGGAUUUAUAGCCUGAAGACACUAGAGGAGCUUCAUCUCACAGGGAAUUUGAGUGCUGAAAACAACCGCUACAUUGUGAUAGAUGGAUUGAGGGAACUGAAGAGGCUGAAGGUGUUAAGGUUGAAGAGUAACCUCACCAAGCUGCCACAGGUGGUGACAGAUGUUGGUGUGCAUCUGCAGAAGCUUUCCAUCAACAAUGAGGGCACCAAGCUCAUUGUUCUCAACAGCCUUAAGAAAAUGGUCAACUUGACAGAGCUCGAGCUGAUCCGUUGUGACUUGGAACGCAUCCCUCACUCCAUCUUUAGCCUCCACAAUCUGCAGGAGAUAGACCUGAAGGACAAUAACCUGAAGACCAUUGAGGAAAUCAUCAGCUUCCAGCACUUACAUCGUCUCACUUGCCUUAAGUUGUGGUACAACCACAUUGCCUACAUCCCCAUGCAAAUAGGCAACUUAACCAAUUUAGAGCGCCUUUACCUGAACCGUAACAAGAUAGAAAAGAUCCCAACCCAGCUCUUCUAUUGCCGAAAACUUCGCUAUUUGGAUCUCAGCCACAACAACCUGACUUCCAUACCACCAGAUGUUGGGCUCCUGCAAAACCUGCAGAACCUAGCUGUGACAGCCAACAGGAUUGAGAGUCUCCCACCAGAGCUGUUCCAGUGCAGGAAGCUGAGAACCUUGCACCUGGGAAACAAUGUGCUGCAGUCACUCCCAUCCCGGGUUGGAGAGCUGACCAAUCUGUCCCAGAUAGAGCUGCGAGGGAACCGCCUGGAGUGUCUGCCCGUGGAGCUGGGAGAGUGUCCUCUGCUGAAACGGAGCGGGCUCGUGGUGGAGGAGGACCUCUUCAACACACUGCCCUUGGAAGUCAAAGAGAGGCUGUGGAGGGCAGACAAAGAGCAAGCUUGAACCCCUGGGAAAAAAGGGAAAAGCCUCUGACCAACUAGAAGGAAACAAAAGGCCAUUCCAGUCCCCUUUUCCCCAGAGCCUCCCCUUUCUACCCUCCAAUCAUGACCAGACUAGCCAAGGAGUCCCUGAACAAACAUGACUCUGUGUGAGGCAGCUUCCUGCCUCAGAUGCAGGAUAGGGGAAGCUUGGGACCAGGAUGAGGAUCAAGACAGAUUAGUUGGCCUCUGAGCAAGAGCCAGUGGGAGUAAGAGGUGUUGCUGUUCUGGACAGGAAGUGGUGUGAGGUAGAUGGUGCUGGUGAGAAGAAUGACCUUUGAGUGGAGGAGAAAAGGAAACGUUGGGAUUCCAUCGUGGCUCCAAAUGGGGAUUACACAUGUCAGGGACUGAGAGUGUCCUGUGUCCUGCAAGCAAAGAUCAAGAGACUAGGAAACUUCUUGAAUCUUUGUGACACUUGGUACUGUUCCCCAGUGACUUGGAGAUUCAAUCAGUGAGGCCCCAGAGUGGGGUGGGAUAGGAUACAGACAGCUAAUUCUUAUCUAUGUGCUGGCAUUAGGUUUUGGGGGAUAAACUUAGCUCAGACAUCAUCUGGAAUGCAGAAAUUUGUUAUAAAACUGAUUUCGUUCCCCUUUGCACUCCACACCUUCUCCUCUGCUGCUGGGGAAGGAACCAAACCCUCCAAACUCUAUCUGCUCUUAAGAAUGCACUAUUUUAAGUUUCAAGUCACUUGUGCUGAUGAGUAGGCCACAUAGCAUCCUUCUCCAGCUGAUGUGCUGGAGGCACUAACUGACAAUUCCAGAGCUUUAGUCUGUUCUGAAAUGGAUGGUUAUUAUGCAAGUGGGAAAAGAUGUGGAUAAAAAGCAGUGGGACUGUCUUAAUCCACUCUUCCAGAAGCACUGAGUUGCUUCAGGAUCUGGCUUUUAAAGUUUUUUAAGCUACUUUAAAAUUCCUGAUAUUUUGUCACAUAUCAAAUAUGAACAUAGAGCUGGCCAGUGUCUUGGGGUCUCUCCUGGGUGUUAGUAGAGGAACACUCAAGUUUCCUCUGCAUCUCUUGCUUUCCCUCUGCCCCAGUAAGUUGUUGAAUGUUUUGCCAGUGUUUUUCAUGAACAGUCUACAGAGCUGCUUGAUUAUUUUCUGUUGUCCUCACUUUAACAGUUGUCAGUUCCUGUUACAUCUCUUGACCUAAAAGGCUAAUACUGAUUGAACCUGGUGCUGGAGAAGAAACCUGUCCUAUUUUCCCCCGCUUUUCGUUCCCUCAGUGUUAAGGACUGGUAUGAGAAUCCUCUGUGGACUGAGCUCUAGAUCACUGGGACAGAGCAGUCUGUAUUGAAACAAGUAUGACCUGUUUGGUAUUUUUUUUGACAAAAACCCCAACCUUCUGCACUGGCAGAGGCAGACAACUUGUAAUAGCUACUGAUAAUCAUGUCCUUGAGGUGGAGUGGUUAAGGUGUGCCUACAGUACACCCCAAGUCUGCUCUUUUUCCAUUAGAAGGAAGAGGAGGCUCAUGAACUUGCAGGUGCUGGUUGUAAUUCUCUGCAUCAGCCCAACUGGUUGGCUCCAAGGUGGAAUGCUGCAAGCAGAGGCACGAAGAGUUUGGAGGCCUCUUGUGCAUACAGAGGGGGAAGCUUCAGCCAUCUCCCAAGUGGUUCCUGACAAGCUGCCAGUGAGUGCUCUGGCUUAGCAAAUUGUGGUGAUCGCUUGGCUGUUGGGGCAAUAAGGCACACUGGCUUUCUUCAUCAGAUGUAAGAUAUGAAAUAUAUAUACUAAAGAUGCUGAAACCAUGAACAAUGUUAACUGGGCUCUGGAUUUGUUGAUGUUCAGAUGCUUAAAUAAAGCUACAUUAAAAUCCAGGAGAUCUGUUGAUAAAACUGCUUUUAAGAUAGAUGUGAAUUCUGCCUCCCUUAGUCCAUUCAUUAUGAAAAGUUUAAACAGUCCAGGGAAUAAUAGAACUAAAUCUCUUUAUCUGGGAAGCAAGGUACUGCAAGGCUCCUCCUGUUUCUAACAGGGCUAGUGUCUUGGAAUUGUGUUAGAGUUGGGGCAGCUGCUGAAAGGAUGGGGAGGUAUCGAUGCUUAUUGGAUAGUUACUUGUUCUAUUUGCAUGAGCAUUUUGGAUCAGCAGAGAGCACAAGUUGCUAGGUGGGUUUAAUGCUUCUGAAGUAAAGCAGGAAUGGCUUCAGUCUUAGCUACACUAAUGUUUUUUUCCAGUCAGUUCCUUGUGGUGAGUGUGUGGGCUGCCUGAAUGGUGAAAGAAACUUUCCUUCCCCCCCCUCUUACUCUGUGCCAAAAGAUAGUAUUGGAGAGUAAUGGCUACUCGAUAGAGGCUUGGACUCUGUUUCGUAUUGAAGUCCACUGAGUAAUUGGUUUACAACACGUGUUUUAGACUAGGUAGGGCUGAAAGGGCAAAGCACCUCACAGGAUUUUCACCUAGCUUACAGGAGCAAAGAUUUCUUCUGUAUGUUUAGGUCAUUGAUGAGCACUUUGACUCUUGACUCCAGGUGUGAUCUUAGUUAUACAAACUAAAUUUUACACAGCUAGCUUAGAAACUUCUAUAAGCAGCUCUUGAAACUAUGCUGCAGUGCUCCUAGAAGCUUGCAAGCCUCCUGGACUGUUGUGUAUCUCAGUGCUGAGUCCAUAGGGUAAGUGGGCAAUAGAUUAUUCUGCUAGAAGUGAGAAACUCUUUCUAACUUCUGAUGAAAUAUCAGAGCUAUACUCCUGCUGCUUGCUGAGUAGGAACUGCCCUGUGCCUGAGGUCUUAACAAAAAAACUUGUAAGACAGGCCAGUAUUGAUCAUGCAUGAAAACACUAGCUUUUUGCUGCUCUUACAGUAUUCUAAGCUCAGCUUUUUUGGUCAUGGCUGCUAAGGCUUGAGAACUUCCUAUGUGGCAAAACUGGGAUAAUCGGUCUGAUAACUUGUGCCAGAAACACAGGUGGCACAAAUACACUCUGCAAAACAGCAAUAUGUAUUCUUUACUCCUGAUAACGUGCUUCAUGGUCUUCCUGCAAAUAGAUAACUGAUUCCAGAGUAUCAGUCUUGUAUGAUGAGAUGGAAGAAGCUUUAAAACUUUAAGGAUAGGGUCUAAACCAUGAUGUCCUGAAUGUGUUUACUGCUCAGGACUGCUGCAAAACUCAACCCACAGCAGUGAGUCAUCUCCUUCCCAUACUUGUCUGGAUUGCUUAGUCUGAGGGAUGAAUUUACAACAAUCUUUCCUCAUUUGCAAGUGUUCAAUCUGUGUAUAUUGUGGUUUUUCCUUCUGUCAAGCUGAAGCGAAGAGGUUUUAUUUCUAACACUGAUCUGUGUCUUCAGAAAAAGUUCAACUUAAGUGGACAAUCAGCAGUUUGUACCUUGUUCUCCUGACAAUCUUUUCAAAGCACUCUAGGAGUAGCAAAGCAAAUUAUUUAUUAGCUGCUAAACCAUACAGCAACCUGAAUUAAACCCAUUUCCUCACUACCACUGCUGAGUUGAAAGAGUUCUUGGAGUAGAUGCACUCUCAUCCUGUGUUAGGAGCAAAGGUCAGUAGAAUGAAAUUGUACUUUUCCUGCUAAAUAUCCCAAAAAGUAUUAAGUUGCAACCAAUUAUUUUGAACCAGCAGAAAGGCAAGGAAUUACCAAAACUAUGAAAUGUGUUAAGUCUUGGUAUGUCUCUCAAACAAUGCACUGGAUCUUUAGCUGAUGUUGUUCUUUAAGAUUGCUUUCUGAUUUUAUUAUUUGCUCCCCAGUGAAAUCAGCAGCUGGAAUUCAUUUACUCUGCCAGUCUGAAUGGUUAAAUAGCUGUUACAGGUAUCUUGCAUCAUGUGGUGUUCUUUGGAACUUCCUGAUAAUAUCCUACCUCAUUUAAAAUUGUUCUUAUUGCCAUUUAUACACACCAUUUAGCUCACUUCAAUUAAAACUCUUGCUGUUCAUUACCAUAAAUAGUAUUAAGUGGCUUUCUGUUGCUGAACCACACUGAGACCCUCUUUCUCUCCCCCCAAACAAAUGAUUCUAGGAAUUUUGAGAACAAGAAGACAUCCUUUACAGAGGAUUAAGUGUUCAAAUAUUGAUUCAACAGCUGAGGCAUUGUUUCCUUUCCUUACCUUUGUUUCUGUCUGGAAGGGACUCAUCCUCUGAAUUCUUUGGAUUUCUUUCUUUUAGUCCUUGAGGGGAGAGCUAAUUUUUUUCCUCAGUGAUAGCUGUGCCUUCUCUAGAGAUACCUCAGUGUAACUUCUCCACAGAGGCACUUGCUCCUUCAAGUGUGUGUGUCCUAGUCUCUGCCUGAAGCUGUCUGCUCCCUCUGAUUCUUCUUUCAGCCAUGGAGAGAUUUGUUAACUUUGGCAUGACUUCUCCCUGACAAACAACAUUGUCAUACUGUAAACAGUAGUCACCUAUGCUGAAAUGUUACCUGAGGUAAGGCUGUGUGAAGAGUUAAAACUAUUGCUUAAGCUUCACUUUGGAUUUUUUUUUCUCAUUGCAUUUUAAAAGGAUUUUUCCUCUCUGCACUGUUUGGCCACAGCAGGUCCUGUAACGUGCCAAAAGGUUUUCUGUCCUACCUGCAUCCUAACUGCAUGAAGCAGAACUGGAACUGGACAAAGGCAUUUGACUCGGAUCUUUCUUCCUCUGUCCCUCCAGCUGCAGGGAUAGGUGAAUAUUCAACUGCUUUGGCAGUGUGAAACCCUCCAAAGAGCUCAUCUCCAAAAUCCCUUUUUGACAGAAGCUGUGCUUGAGUUGCUGGACCCCAAUAGCAAAGGUGAACUUUGUGUGAAUUCACAUGAAGAAAGGCUUGAUUCAGGAUUUCUGGAAUUGCCCUUCCCUUCCUCCCUCAGUCUCCUUUAAAGGAAUGUUAUUGAACAAUGGGGGAAUUUUCUCUAGAAGGGGGCUAAUGAGCCUGAGUCAUCUUACACAGCUGACAAUUGUUUAAGACACUACUCAUGGCUUAAACAUUGUUCACUCCCAGUCUGUAAAUGCAGGGUUGUGGUUUGGCAUCUGAGACCUGCGACUUGAUGUAACAGAAUCAUGAUACUCACUCUGUAUGUGGGACUGUUUGGGCAACUGAUCAGCAGUGCUUCCACCUUAGGCACUGAAGGCUGCUAUUGUUUCCUCUGAAAGACAUGUAACUUCAACAAAAUAAAAGUUUUAACUUUUCAUUUG